AGCCACCGCAGAUCCAACGCACACGCAAACACUCGCACAAAGACAAGAUGAAACCAACAAGAUAAACUAGUCCAACUCCAAACCUCGCCCCCCAAAAGCCUUAAUACACAAGCCAAUUGGCUGGGAUACCAAGUGAAGCAGGUUGAGCGGCACACCUGGUGCAAGUUUGGAGCACACGGACGAUUAGAGACAGCUUAACUAUACGAGCAGUAGUAUUUCUGCGUCCGCCGGGAAAUAAUCCAUCAAAAAUCCACCUCGACUAACCAGAGACGCACUAGGCAUACCUCAACAGCAGAAUGCUUGAAACGAUUUGAAAUGUGACACGACAGAAAUGGACGACAAGCUCGCUCUGGUGUUCGACAAUGGUUCCGGCAUGAGCAAGGUCGGUUUCGCUGGAGACUACGCCCCUCGAUUUGUCUUCCCAACUGUCGUGGGUUACCCCAAAGACUCGGCUACGGCGACGGGCUCUGCUCCUGUCGUGGGCGCUGAGGCCCAGACCAAGAGGGAAAUCCUGAAUCUGAAGUACCCCAUCCAACGUGGCAUUAUCACCAACUGGGACGACAUGGAGAAAAUCUGGCAUCACUCCUUCUACAACGAGCUUCGCGCGGCCCCCGAGGAUUGCCGUGUCCUGCUGACCGAGCCGCCGCUCAACCCCAAGGUCAACAGGGAGAAGAUGACGCAGAUCAUGUUCGAGACUUUUAACACAUCUGCCAUGUAUGUGGCCGUCCAACCUGUCCUGUCACUGUUCCUGUCGGGUCGUACCACAGGUAUCGUCGUAGACUCUGGUGACGACGUCACUCGCGUGGUGCCCGUCUACCAGAGCCAGGUGAUCCCCGAUGCCAUCCUCUGCCUGGAUCUGGCCGGCAGAGAGCUGACCGACUACCUGAUGAAGCUCAUGACCGAGCGAGGCUCCAGCUUCCCCACCACCGGUAUCAGCAACUUCCUUUUAGCUUCAGCAUUUGCGCUUCAACGAAAAUCGUUUUUUUUUCCCACAGGUCAGCGUGAGAUUGUGAAAGACAUCAAGGAGACGCUCACCUACGUGGCGCUUGACUUCAAGCAGGAGAUGGACAAAGCCACUUCUUCAUCUGAGCUGCACAAGAGUUACAAGCUUCCCGAUGGCCAAGUUGUCAAUGUCGGCAAUGAGAGGUUCCGAUGCCCCGAGCUGCUCUUCCGGCCCGACCUCCAUGGUAAGGAGUCUGCGAGUGUCCACCAAACAGUCUACGACAGCGUCCUGCUGUGCAGGGAGAAUAUCCAGAAUGAUCUAUUUUACAACAUCUUGCUGUCGGGCGGCAGCACCAUGUUCCCCGGCAUUGCCAAGAGAAUGCAGAAGGAGAUGAACGCCCUGGCCCCACCCAAUACUAAUAUCAAGGUAAUUGCUACCGCAGAGAGGAAGUACUCGGUUUGGAUCGGCGGCUCCUUGCUGGUCACGUUCCCCACCUUCCAGGAGCGCUGGGUGACCAAGGACGACUACAAUGAGUUUGGAGCCUCCGUUGUGCACCGCAAGUGCAAGUAGAACCAUCGAGUCAUAAAAACAGUCCAAAUUAUUACCGAUGUAUUUUUUUUAUUUUUUUUUACCGUUUACUGUCAAACUAAUCAAAUUUUGACUUCUCGCAAUAAUCCCAUUUCAUUGUAAAAA